GUAGACUUCAAUUACUAUAUUCCCUAACCGCUGCUGCUAUAAUUACUAUAUGUCCACCCGUCUCAACUCCCCAAUCCUACAUCCCAAUGGCCGAGCUGCGGGCGCCACCGAGCUCAAUUGGUGCCGCGCGGUGGUCGGCGGCACCGGAAUCGCCGUCUUGGCGAUCCUUUCAUCAGUUAAUCCCGACAUGCACAUAUCACGUCUCAAAAACGCCAUCCACAAACUUCAAAAUUUGCAUCCAAUUCUCAGGUCUCGUCUCCAUCACAAUCCUAGUGCCAACACCUACUCAUUCGUUACCACUGCUUCCCUUUCCAUUCAAAUCAACCACUUCAACCAUUCCACCACCGCUCAAAUCCUCCAAGGUGGCCAAAACAUCUCGCCCCUCCACUUGAUUCUCGAACACGAGCUUAACCAAAACGCAUGGACUGGUAGUAGUACUUCAUUCAGCACCAAAACCGACGUUGUUUUCGCCAGCACUUACGCUUUGCCUAGUGCAGCGAGGUGGGUGUUGGUGUUCCGCCUACACGCCGCUGCAUGCGACAGGACCACGGCGGUGUCGUUGCUGAGAGAGCUGUUGACGUUAAUGGCGGUUGAAGAUGAGGGUGAGAGAGAAAUAACGAUGAACAAAGGAGAGAUUAGUUUGGCCAUUGAAGAUCUUCUUCCUAAAGGGAUGGCUAAGAAAACACUUUGGGCACGUGGAGUCGACAUGCUAAGCUACUCUGUUAAUUCUUUAAGGCUUACGAACUUGAAGUUCAAAGAUGCAAAGUCUCCCAGAUCUACUCAAGUUGUGAGAUUGCUUAUCAACCCUGACGACACUCACAAGAUCUUGACUGGUUGCAAGGCAAUGGGGAUUAAGCUGUGUGGAGCGUUAAGUGCUGCCGGGUUGAUUGCGGCGCACAGUUCUAAAUGCCAGUCCGAUCAUCAUCAGAAGAAGAAAUACGGUGUCGUCACCCUCACUGAUUGCCGCUCGAUUCUUGAACCUCCUCUCUCCGAUCACCAUUUCGGGUUUUACCACUCAGCUAUUCUCAACACGCACACCAUUAAAGGAGGUGAGAAGCUUUGGGAGCUAGCGAAGAAAAUGUACACGUCGUUUACAAGCUACAAGAGCUACAACAGGCACUUGUCAGACAUGGCAGACCUUAAUUUCUUGAUGUGCAGGGCCAUGGAAAGCCCUGGCUUGACUCCAUCAUCUUCGUUGAGAACGUGUUUGAUGUCGGUGUUCGAGGACACCGUGGUCGACGAGUCGAACGACCAGCGAAACCAAGUCGGUGUAGAGGACUACAUGGGGUGCGCUUCCGCUCAUGGCAUCGCGCCAUCCAUUGCCAUAUUCGACACCGUACGCGACGGCGGACUCGAUUGCAUUUGCGUCUACCCUUGGCCACUGCAUUCAAGGGAACAAAUGCGUGAGCUGGUUGAUAAUAUGAAGUGCGUACUAGUGGAUGCGGGGAACAAUAUUGUUGAUGCUGAAACAUAGAUUUAUGGCUAGUUGUAUUGUGGUGCAGCCUAAUAUAAGGU